GCUCGCUCGUCCGAGUUGGUUGAUGCGGCAUCGUAUUUCUGCGGCCAACCUUCAACCUUAAGUAGAUCUCAUAGGAUAUUCAGCAUCGUCUAUGUAUUGGCUGCACUUGCAGACAAUAUUCUGGACCGUCUGGAUGGUCAAUGCCAGUGGACGUUCGAAUUCAUCGUCAUUGUCCGCUUGCACAAGCGCUUUAAUCGUACUUACCACCGUGAUCAAUCCACAGGCCCCCACAGAUGCGGUCGUCAAUGCUACCCAUGGUAUUGUUUGGUCCAAAGCCACAGUUGCACUGUCAGUGUUCAAGAAAUGACCACACGGUGUGUCCACAGCUCUAGAUCCUUUAAAUGGGUGCAGGUCUACAAGCUAGCUAUCCAGUUCGCC